AUUCGUUCAGUCAGUCUCGAAUCGAUAGGUGCAAUAAGGGAUAAAAUGGCUAGCUGUGGAAAAUGCUCUAAGCCAAUAGAAGAGGGAAAAAUCGUCACUGCGGCUGGAAUGAGGAUGCACACGGAUUGUUUUUUAUGCACCCAGUGCAAAAAACAGCUGGUCGGUGUAAAUUUCCGUUCCAAAAAUGCUGGCCAAUAUUGUGAGCCGUGCUACACAGAGAAGUUUCAGCCGAAAUGCGUUUCAACAUAUUCGACUAAAGUCACUGUUUCAUGCACUGUCUGCCUAGGUGCUGCCAUAAUCAUGUCCACAGUUCAUGGCACCGGAGGUGAUCUCAAGGCCAUUAAUUACGUUUUUUGCAUACCAUCUCUUGUGCUACAUUAA